AUGGGCUCCCAAAGAUUCAUAGGAGCCAAAUAAAAUGAGAGGGGUAGGGUCCCCAAAGUUAAUGGGCAAUACCUUUCAAAUAGUGUGUGUGAACCGCGUCAUGUGAUCAAUUCUGCGGGGCGGGGCUUACCUGCCCCUCCCCUCCAAUAUUGUAUUCAAGUUGGCACCUUUGCAAAAACUCUCGGUGGGAGUUAACUUAUUUUCCCCUGCCCCAAUAUUUUCCACCGGGGCACCCACCCAUUAUGUCCAUUAAUACCCUCACCUACCUGACAGGGCUGUGGCAAAAAAUCGCAAGGCGAUGUAUGUGGAGCGUUUGAAGGCGCUCUCACAAAGGGGCUGGGGCGACUUAAGAGUUUGGAGUUUCUUAGCUGGGCUGCGAGUUUCCGCUCGCGGCUCGCGCUGUCACCUCUAAGCAGCCUGCUCAAGAGAAGAGCCGGCGCUGGGGAGCAGGAAGUGCUCCCUGUGGAAGGGCCCUGGACGUGCCCAAGCCUGCCGUUUAAAACCUGGCCUUUGAGCGCGCGCUCUCUCUCUCUGGUUGGCAACCAGGAUUAAUUCACUCGGGCCCGGGCGACGAGAAAGGGGUGUUAAACCCCGGAACUUGGCGCCAAGGCCAGCCCUGAAGGCGAGAGGACAGGCGGGACCCCGCUGCAAAGGUGCAUUGGCGCGCUCGGCUCUCUCCUCCCUCCCUCCGCAGUAACCCUAACCAGCUCCCUCCCUCCCAGGAAGUCCUGAACCAGAGGCGUCUUCUGCCUCUUCCCGAAAGCCCCCCCCCCCGCUCGGCCACGUGCGCCAGAGCCCCCUCCUCCCACUCGCCCGGCUUGGGACGGAGGCAAGGCGGCCCGGCUGCCCCCCCCCCCCGUGGGAUUGGCCCCGCCUGAGGCCGGCGGGCGGGCUGGAGGCAGGACUGUCCCCGCGCCCAGCCUUCCUCCGCCGCCGCUGCUGCCGCGAGUGCAGCAGAGCCCGGCAGCAGGAGGAGGGCUGGAGGCAGGCAGUGGAUUCUGCGGCGACCGGAGAGGUGGGUGAGCGGGGCAGGGCGGGACCCGGGGAGGCUGCCCGAGCAGGUCCCCUUUGGGCGGCCCGGGCGCGGCAGCGGCAGCGCCUGGCACCGCCGGCCCUUGCGCCUGCAGGGAGGAGGGAGAGAGGUUCCUGCGGAACUACUUGUUUACUUAGCAGCCGGGGCGGGAAGGCGCGUCCUGAGGGGGCUGGGGAGGGGCGAGCUGGCUCGGCGCCCCUCGGACGCCCACACUCCUGACCGCUAUCCCCAUGAACGCGCCUUGUUCUUCUCCACGUUCAGCUCCGCUAUAGGACGACCCCCCUCUUCGGAAUCGACUGCGGCUUCCCAGUCCCGCUGCCUGCGUUGUGUGGCCGGCCUUUCCCCCUGUCAGGUGCAGCCUGCUUCCACAAACGCAUUCUCUUCUCCCCUGCCCUCAAAUGCUUCAUUUAAAAAAGAAACGAGAAACGAAAGCCGCAGCAUUUUCCAGCACUGUCAAUGCCCCAAACUUCCCCUGGCCAAAUCUGCCUCUGCUCGUUUUCUAAAAGUUUCCCUCUCGAUGCCCGCUGCCUUAAUAACUUGCUGUCCCCCAGCGCCCUGUGCCUGUUUAACACGAAUCUAGCUUUGCAAAGCAAGUCCGCCGAAGUUACAACCUCUCGCCAACUUUUUUGCUCGCCUACUGUACCUGCCUAUGCCUGCCUAUUUGAAGCGCCUGGUUGCACUGACUGUGGUAGAUAAGCGACUCUACAAGCCUUCCUUCUUGCCACAAAGGUAUUGCCACACAGCAGUGUAUUGUGGACUCCGUGCUGCUGAUACAUUCAGGUUUUUUUGGUGUGUUUUUUAAAAAUGAAUAGCAUCAAUGCUGUCCACAUGAAACUGCCAUCCCAUGUUAUUUUCCUGACUAAUCAACUAUGAUGUGUGGAUGUUAUGAAGUAUUUCCAUGCUUGAGCAGCACCUUCUUCACAAUAAAUUCUGCUGGGCAGAAGUGUAUGCAAUCUUUCUUCUCAUACUGUUUCUUUUAAAACAAAACAAAACAAACGCCCCCAAAAAACCCUACUUCCCAUACUUGCUCUUCUCCACUUAAUGUUCUAAAAAAAAAGCUUAGUGGUACUCUCAUUUUCCUACUUGUAUUGAAAUACUGCCCCUCAAUGGGGCCAAACUUAGAUUCACAAAAUGUUUCGGGGUAUGCAUACCCCUGCGUCCCCCCAGAAAAAAGCACUGCUUGAACCCAUCUGUUAGGAGCAGCUACACAUUGAUAAUGCAAGUUGUACCUAUUUACAGCUGUCUGACUGGCAGUAAUUCAAUGGAUGCAGCUUUCUUCACACCUGUAGGGCAUGGCUAUCUAUACCUGUGGAGUUUCUGUGGUGAAUGCGGGACACAGUCAGCGGGGGUGGGUGGGUGUGGAGGUGGCAACGCUACUCCCAAUUUGUAGGUCAGUUUCGCAGCCUUCUGUGUUUCCAGCACCUUUUGCUAAGCUGCCUGUUUGAAUGCUUCCAUGUAGGUGUUAAGAGAACACAUCACCCGUUACUCUUGCCAUUACUGUACAGUCAUUUCUCGUUUCCAGCAAAAGUUGCCUUGUGCUCUAGCCCAAGAGCUCUAUACUAGACACAUUACCCAGAAGAAGCUGUUGUAGAAAGUGCACAUGGCCAUGCUCGUUUUCAGAUUAAACCUUGUGACCUUCAUAGUAGUAGGUGUAAUUGAGUUGAAAGAAAGCCUUGAUUGGGAUUUUUCCCCCCACUUGGGUGCAAUGAUGAUUUCCCUCAAGUGCUGAGCUCAACUUUCAUAGCUUUGGAUGUGUGUUUUUUGAACCAUUACAAUUUUGGGAACGAAUCCAUUUCGGGGAAGUUUUUAAAUUACCAGUCAAUUAUUGGUGCCAUCUGGCAAUUUCCUCCUGUUGCUGCAGCCUCGGGAAAGCGAGAGAAGGCACAGCAGGAAUUAAAUGUGGUUAUACAAGUUAGUACCUGUAGCAGCGCAAUUCCACUCUGAACAGUAAAUAAGGGAGAAUGAUAUUCUUGCUCUUGCUCUCUGCAUUUCCUAUGUAUUCACUUCUUAAUUUCACAGAGGACUCUAAUAUCCUGUGUCCAGAAGGCUAACAUGCUGCCAGAGAAAGACCCUAAAAGGCAAGGGGAGAAGGACCCCCAAGAAGAUCCAUCAGUCACCCUCUUCCGGGAAUAUCUGAGAAUCAAGACUGUCCAGCCAGAGCCUGAUUAUGGUAUGGAGGGUGUUUUCUUUUUCCUCCUUCAUUUUGAAAAGGCGAAGUUCUGCUGCUGUCUACUUGACUGGUGUCACUGCUGGAGCUUUGCAGAAACAUUACAUAAUCAGCAACCAAUGGGAGUCCAUUCGGAGGCUGGUUACUUUAGCAGCUGGAGGUAAUGUUCCUGCAUCAUUUGCCAGAGUGAACAAAACAAAUUGAUUUCUAGAGUUCAUUUGAAAUGGUUUUAUCUCACCUGUUCUGGUUAAGAUGCACUGAAUGCAUUUGCAACAUACAGCAUAAUUUAAACAGGAAAAACCAUUUAGUUGGAAUUAUGCAUCCCUGGAUAUAUUUACAUAGACCUAUGAUUAUCUGUGCUGUGAUCAUUUGGUCCAUAUGAAUUAUUCUGAGUACAGCUUGUAAGUAUCUAUCUAGCACCACCACCCCAUGUUUCAUAUGUAUUAUUUUCAAUAUUUAGCCUUUAUAAUCACAUAGAUAAGCCUGACUUCCAUUUCCCCUCGACACUUAAACUGUGCUAUAAAGAGUGAGGGGAAAUAUCUUUCCUCUCACUUUAUAACAUGCAUUUCAUUGCUUUCUUUUUUAAAACAACAUCCCAUCAGAGUUUGCCAGGACCUGAUUGGUCUGCUUCUAUGCCACUGUUUCUCUGGGAAGCUCAGAACAACAUUUUAGCCUUAUUAAACACACACAAACACACCUGUGAGUAGAUAUAUUUUUGGGACAAUUUUUUUUAAAAUUGUUAAUUAAAAUAUCCAGAUAAGAUAUGUAAAAUUGACAAGAAAAUUAACCGUUAUAAUACAAUCUAGUACAUUUGCCAUCUUUUCAAUGCAUCAUUGCAUUUUCUACUUCAGAGUCAGAACAUUUCUCUAGCCUCCUUUUCCAACUCAAAUCAUAACAUAAAAAUACUUUCAGACAGGGUAUCUUGCAAUAAUGGUAACAUGUCCCAUGACAUUUUCCCGUGGUUUGGUUUGCUGCCCAUAGAAGACUAGAAUGUAAAGAAAGUGGUUAUGGUAGAACCCUUUCCACUGACAAAAAGUUUUAUAUGUGCAAGCAACAUUUUUAUAUGCUGAAAUGUUCAGCCAUGUUAGCCUGCCACCAUCUUCAGUCUGAGUGAUUCAGACCAGACACAAACUUACUAUUUCUGAACUAGGCCAGUAAAAUUUCCUGAGGACUAGAUGCACAAAAUUCCAUACUACGCUGAAGAACCAGCAUAACUUGGUUGGAGACAUUCUCAACAUUAGGAAAAUAGGGAAGCCACAACUGAUAUGGAGUAGGCUGAUGAAAACACAAUUCAACACAGUUAAAUAAGGCGACAGACAGCCCUGUACUCACUUCUGUGAGAGUAAGUCCCACUGAGGCCAAUGGGGCCUGUUUCAGAGUGGAAGGAUGCACAUAGGAUUGAACUAUUAACUGCUUAACAGGUUUAUGCAUGAGUCUCUCUUUGUUGGAUUAUAGCCUUCUGCCAAAAUCCAGAGAACAAUUUCAGAAGAACACAAGGUCUUGAUUGCACCCAGUCGGACUUGUGCCCUUUCCCCCUUUGAACAGCAAAUCACCAUACUGUAGCAUAAACAACUUUUGACACUUUAUUAAGUUUCGGAAAUACUUGGCUGGAACUUUUGAAAGCUGGAACUGGAGAAAUGCACAUCAAAAACCCCAGUGGUCCUCAGUAGGCAGAGGAGCAGAAGAAACUUGCUAGACCAGAAUGGAAUGUUUCAUAAAAUACAAGUCACAUGGAAGCUCCAGUUUCAGGAUGUGUGUGUGUGUGUGUUUAAAAUUUCUGUUCUUUGCAUGAUUCAGUCUAUUCCUCAAAAGAUUCAAGUCACAUUUCCAACCCAUGUACGUUGUUUCAGCAGACUUAACCUUCCUACCUUCACCUUCCUAACCAUGAUUCCUUCCCAGUGCAGAUGAGCACAGUAUAGGCCAGAGAUGAGGAACCUGUGACCCUCCCAGAGAUUUUUUUGACUCCAGCUCACAUCAGCCCCAGCCGGCAAGGGAUGUGGGAGUUGUAAUAUCUGGAUGACCCUAGUUUCCCCAUUACUUAUAUAGAGUGCAAGUUGUGCCUCAGAGGACAUCAGAUAGGGAUGUGAUAUCCCUUUCUCUUCCUCCACCCCCACUCACGCCUGGUGGACAAAUCCCUACAUACUGCUUUUUGAAUUGCCAUUUGAAAGAAAUAAUGUGUUCCAUAGGCUGUCAGAUCAGAAAGUAAUUUGGAGGGGUUUAAUGGUGAUAUUUUGCACAAAAAGCUACUCAGAAGUGUGAAACAGCAGAUGUUAAUAGCUUAUCUAAGAAACACUUUGCUGCUUUUCGAACUUUGGUGCUGAGUGAAGUCCACAUUCCAGAGCUUACUUCAGACAAGUAUUGCCCCUCUGUUAUUCUGAAGUAUUAAUGAGUCACAAAGUGAGAGGAUUUAAGCCUUGUUUUCAUGGCAACAGGAGUAAAUCUGUAUGCACUGAGCACUCAAGUGAGUUAAGCUGGAAGAUAAUUUUUUGUCUGUCGUAUACAUUGGCUCUCAUCCACUUCGUUCAGGCAGACAUUGAGUUGCAGUCAUGUGAACCCUUGUCCUCAGUGUACUCAGCCUAAAGUUGGCAAAGUUAGCCUUUCUAAGUCACCUUGUAACUUAGGCUCCUGUUCCCAUAUCACAUAGUUUGAAGUAAGGCCACUGAAGCCAGCAGGACUACAGUGGUACCUCUGGUUGCGAACAUAAUUUGUUUCGGAGGUCUGUUCUUAACCUGAAACCAUUCUUAACCUGAGGUACCACUUUACCUAAUGAGGCCUGCUGUGCCGCCGCUGCACGAUUUCUGUUCUCAUCCUGAGGUAAAGUUCUUAACCUGAGGUACUACUUCCGGGUUAGCGGAGUCUGUAACCCGAAGUGUUUGUAACCCAAGGUGUUUGUAACCCGAGGUACCACUGUACUCUGGAAUGAGUGACUUAAAGGCUGCAGUCCUAGCCUGCCUGGUGCAUUUGAAUUGCAUUACAUUGGCCUUUUUGAGCUAGGGUCAAAAUUCAUAUGAGAAGUGAGAUUGUGUAUUUUAAUUGAGAAUACAUUGUAUGGGGGGCACCCUUGCAUGUCCACCUACUGCAUGGCUGUCAUUGGAAAGUUGUUGAAAAGAAAGCCUCUGUGUGGUAGCCCCCUUGCCACCCACGAGCUGGCCUUAUGUACCUGCCACAUGCUUGCAGCAUGUGCUGGAUAUACCAGAGGGAGAAAUGGCUCUUGUGUAAUGCACAUUGAAAAUCAAAUCCUAGGCAUGGCAGAGGGUACACAUGACAGGAUUGCUAUGGGCAACCUCAUUCAGUCUUUUGUUCACACUGUCACCAACUGUGUGUCUGGCUGGUUCUGUGAAUAGUCUAAAGAAAACUGGCCAAGUCAUUUUGGAAAAAAAUAAAAAUGAUUUUAUUAUUACAAACCUGCACUGGAUUACUAUUUGCAUUUUACUUAUGUCAACUUACUUCAGUUCAAGCAAAGCAAUGGAUUACUGCUCCACCGCUUUGCCAGAAAGAACACUUAUAAGAACUUUUGUAACUAAGAAUUAUUGUUUUAGCAUGCAAUCCACACACCCCCCCAUCUGCUGCAUGUGGUGAUGGCGGGGAUGGCAGGGGUUUGGAUAGAUCAUUCUUCAAAACAGCUCCUUUGGCCUUUAGCCUGGCCUGGGAUCCACUAGAUCAGGCAUACUGUAGGCAAACUCCAGCCCUCCAAAUGUUUGGGACUACAGUUUCCAUCAUCCCUGACCGCUGGUCCUGUUAGCUAGGGAUGAUGGGAAUUGUAGUCCCAAACAUCUGGAGGGCCGGAGUUUGCCUAUGCCUGCACUAGAUCCUGAGCUACCCACCCACCCACUGCCAUCACUUGGUGGCAUUAGACUUCUGUUGCUACCUGGCUGGGGUUAGGAUUGCUCUUGCGAGUUUGCCUUUUUCCUCCUCCUUAGCAAUUCAUUUUCCUUCCGUUUUGUGUAUUUAAAACUAUAAACCUGAGGGUACGGUGCAUCUUAUUACAGGCUGUUGUAAGCUGAUCUAAGAUCCUUUUUCAGCCGAAGAAUAUAUUGACAAAUACUUUAGGUAAAAUGUCACAAUCCUUUUUAGCUGUAUAGGAUAUGCAGCCUGGGAUGCAUCCCACUUUGUGAAUGUUAGUGGGAGAAAGAAAAGUGCAAGAGAGCCAUAAUUAGCUGUUGUGCGUUUUUCACAUACAGAAGCAGGAAAAGCCCAUUUAAGUGUUGCUUGUGAAAAAGUCUCAGUGGAGAAAGUCUUGGCUUGGGUCCAUGAAGAGGGCAUCACCUCUUCAAUGAUGAAACCAUUAGGUUCUUACUGGACUAUCAUUGUUGCACACUUUUGAGCUAGGCAGAAUGAAACUGUAUGAAUUGUUUCCUGUGUCCAAGGAGAGAAGGGCAAUAGGAGGACUGCGCCAGAAAACUCCAGCACAAAGCGUUUGCAGGGAGAAAAGAUUUGUUGUUGAAUUCCCCCCACCCCCACCCUCCCCUGUUUUGCUGGAGGGGCCCUGCAGGGAGAAGAAUCCAUCAAAGGGGACUUAAUAAGGUCUGUUUCCUGUUUGCUUGGCCAAGUAAACUCCUGAGAGGAACCACAGAAUGAAAGCAAAAGAUUUUUACCCCCCUCCGUUUGUUUUGCCCUACUGGGUCAAGGAGGCCCACAUAGAAGGUUCUGAAAUAGAGAGGGGCUGCCAGAAGGAGAGGGCUAGCUUUGCAAAAAAAACAACACUUAACGCUCUCUGGACACAGUCAGUAGUAUGCAGUGGACCCUGUAGUCCUUCAAAAAUUGUACUUUUGAUUUAAUCUACAAGGAAAAUAAGGCAACGCUGCUCCAUGCAGGCCUACCAUCUUUAGAAAGCUUUAACUUCUCAUCAUGCCUUGGCUGGUCCCUGUCAAACUGGCUAGUCAACUUGGGGGGGGGGGCACGGAAAAUGGAUGGAUAUAAAGUGUGCAAUGGGAAGCAUUGGAAAUUAGCAGCACCUACAAGACUUGAGAACCUUUCCAGGUUAAAUGACAAAAUAUGUCAAAAUAACCCUCAGAGCAAUAUUCAGGCAGAAGAAUAGCGGAAGGGGAGGGCAAGACAGGCCUUUUCUUUACUUGACACACUGGGCUUCAGAGGAAAAAAAUUAAAAGGUGCAAGCUGCUCUUGUUGCUUCCCCCUUGCCCAACAACUGUGUCCAUCUGCAAAAAACCAGUGUGGAGUGAGAGAUCAGCCUCUGUCCUGAAGCCUCAUCUUCUGCCAAUUUCAGGGUUGCAUUAUUGCCACUGCAAUGUAAGAGAGCCUUCCAUAUAAGCAAAUGCUGGAAUGACACCCAUAAAUUCUAAGCUUUUUUUGGGAAAUAUUCCUUGUACAUAGAAAUAUUAGAGGUUCGAACACCCCUUCCCAGUGAUGGGAGAGCAUUCCAGCAUGUUAUCAGAAGGCAAAACAGGGGUUCACAAUUUUGGACAAGAAAAAGGAGAAUAACUAUGAUCCAGCUGGCAGAGUGCUGGGUGGACUUCGGAGAACCAGUGUGGCGCCAUAUUUACCAGAUGAUUUGAUGCUUUCCAAGCAUCUUUCCAAAUACCUCUUUCUACAUCUCUUUACCCUGCCUUUUGACAUGAGGUGUAUGUUUUUAGGACCAUCCUUAUGUCUAUAAUUAUAAGUUUUAAUAUUGUACUAUGCUGUGUUUUAAUGUAACCCACCUUGGGAUGAAGAGCAAGUAAUAAAUAAGAAUAUAAUACAGUAAUGCUUGCUAUCAUUCGAAACGUUCAAUGGAAAAUACUUAAGCACUGCUUUAGCUAAUAUGAAACAGAGGGCUCAAACAAGAGGCCUUUGCGACAUUCUGCAAAGAAACAUCUAAAAGCCAGGGUAUGCAAACAAGAUGUAUUCCCAAAAAUAUUUUAAAACCUUGUCCGAUGCUUCAACUCCAUUUGCUGUCCACCUCUGGGGAAAGGUUCUACUACUCAUACUGCAUUGGGUACAAUGGAUGAGCAGCUUUUUGUAGAGGCUACACUGAUGAUUUGAGUAAGUUUUAUUGAAUUGCUUCAUGUUGUAUGCUGCCUUGGUAAUUUAUGGUUUUAUGUAUUUAUUAUUGCAUUUCUAUGUUGCCUUUCCUCCAAGGAGCUUGAGGAGGUGUGCAUGUUUCUUCUUCCUCCCCUUUUAUCCUUACAGCAACCCUGUGAGGUAGACUAGGCUGAGAGUGAGUGAUUGGCACAAGGUCACCCAGUGAGCUUCAUGGCUAAGUGAGGAUUUGAACCCUGGUCUCCCAAUCUCUGUCCAGCACUCUAACCACUAUAUCACACUGGCUGUCUCUUAAGGCCAAUUCAUAAAUACUUUUAGUAAAUGCAUAAGUAAAAUAAAUGUCAUUGACUGAAAGGUGGUUAAAGCGAUGUAUUUCAUUGAUAUGUGGUUUUUACAGCUGCUUCUCCUCUCUCCUUCCAGACACAGCAGUGAAAUUCUUGGAGAGAAUAGGCUCUGAACUUGGCCUACAGUGUCAGAAAGUGGAGGUAAUUAAUGAGAAAGCCAUAGCCCUGUCUCAGUUCUGUCAGGAUGUCUGAUCACCCAUCUCCAAUUUACUGUUACGUAGUCUCUCAAAGCUUAUGACUUGGUAAAGGAGGUGCCAUUAAUCUCCUGUCAUACAGGAAGCUUUGGGCUAAAGUAAAUGGUUCCUGGCUCUCAAGAACAUUGUUCUGUUUGUUCAUUUAAAGUACUUCUAGGCCUCCCUUGACCAAGACACAUUUCAGAGCUGGGUACAAUGAGCAUGAAUAAAACUAUUCAUACCAGAUGCAAAACCAACAAAACAUCAGUAUUAAUAACAAGCUAGCAAAAUGAGAGGCACAAAUAAAACUGUAAAACUAUACUGCCUAAAGAAUUAUAACGCGGAGCUCUAGUUCCACCACCACAGACUCAAAUUUGAUACAACAACGGUACAUGUCUUUUAAAUUCCGUCUCAUCUGCUUAUUCUCUUAACCUCUGCAAGAGGGAUAUUUCUUAUCAUUUUUGGAUUGUUGCCACUGUCAAACUUCCAUCUGUUUUAAGGAAUAAGAAGAUGGCGUUGGAUUCACAUGAGCAAAGUGUCCACAAAGCUCCUGUUAGUCAUGGGUGAAAUGUAGACCACAAUUUUAGAUUCCGUAGUUGGAAUCACUGCAUUAAGUUUACAACCCCUUAUUAUUUCCUUGUGGCCACAGAAAUGUGCUCUUUAACACUUCUCCAGAGAAGACUUAUUAUUGACAGUUUGGGCCUGAGAUACAGAUAAUCAGUCAAUCCUAGUGGUGAAAUAAUGUUGGCAUUCCUUAUUUGUUAAUCGUGUAAAUCCUCUCUGCUGCUGGUGAUAAUGUUUUACACAAAUGAUCACCGGUUCUAUUACAAUACUGGUGUCCAAUACCAGCACCUAGUACAGAGGCUGGAGUCAGAGCCGCAAAUUAAUAACCUCAAAAUAGUUUCUAGCAGAGGUUCCAAAGAGCCUAGGGCCUUAUUCUCCUAAUGAAUCCUUCCAAUGCAAGGAUUUCCACUUGCACAAUGGGACUUCCCCCCUUUUCCCUCCCUGUGUGUGCCCUGAACCCUCCCCCAAAUCUUUUCCAAAGGGUUGGCGGAACCCCUAGAACAGAUUUAGGGGGUGUGCAGGGGAAAAAACAUUCUGUUGUACAAAGAGAAAUCCAGAGUCUCCCCUCCUAUCCAGAGUCAGAGGCACUAAUGCUUCUGAAUAUCAGUUGCUGGAAACCAUAGGAAGCUCUUGUGCUUGGGUCCUGCUUGCAGGUUUCUCACAGGCAUCUGGUUGGCCACUGUGAGAGCAGGAUGCUAGACUAGAUGCUAGACAAGGAGGCCAUGGGGAAGAAGAAUUGAGGAUCAAGGGAGGACUUGGGAUGGAGCCAAAUGGGUUUUUUGGCGGGGAAGAGGGAGGAAUUCCCGAGAUAGAGCUCUUCAGGACCACAUGCGUUGGCCUGACUUGAAGGGUGGAAUAGAAGCAUAAUAAAUAAAUGGUUUCAUAGGCAGUCUUGAACAAGUUUUGAUUAAUUAUGCCCCCUUGAUUUGUGUGGUUCAAGGUAGUGGUGGUGAGAAAUGUCUUCAGAUUUAUUCUCAGGCAACCUUCUGAUUAAGCCACGCUGUGGGAAGCAUUCUGAUAAUGCUGGUGCUCAUAUUGGCUGUUUUAUAAUUUGUUGCAGCCCUCGUGCAGCCUAUAAUCUCUUCAUGAGCUGGCUAUCCCAUUAAUCUCUUAUUACCAUGUUCUCAGGCUAUUCUUGAACAGAUCCAGCAUGACCUUUCCUGCAUUAGGGCCUGUAUUUAGACUGAUUAUUGUUACAAAUUAAUGCCAUGCAAAAAUGAAAAUUUUUAUUUUUAAAGGAGUGAUUUGUGUUCUUUUCUCUAUUCCUAUGUAUAGUUAAAGGCUAAUUCCCCCCCCAAAAUGUUAAAAUUUAAAUGGGUCAGUUUCAAAUAUUGGAGUUUGCCUCUACCUCAGUCUUUAUCAUAAUAGUCAAGGGUACUUUAAAAGGACUAGCAACCAUAAGCUUAUAUGAAUUUCCUAGAGUCCUGUAUCUGUUCUGGACUCCGUCUAGUGAUCUCUGGAACUUCUCUGUGUUGGAAAGUACUGCAUUUUAUUAUGCCGUUGGAGGACUGCAGGUAUGGACCUGGAUCUGCAGAAGCAGAUUGGGGCUGCCUGAUUUCGCCAUAAGGAGACACUGUGUUUGCCUGAAUUCCGAGGCUCAUUUUGAUUCAGCCUGUGGCUGUUUCUUUAACUCACAAUGAACAGGGUUGUAUCCAAUGCUGGUCCUACUUAGAGUAGAUCCAUUGACGUUAAUGGACCUGAAUGGCUCGGAUUUAUUAAUUCCAGUAGGUCUACUCUGAGUAGAACUUGGUUGGAAUACAACCCACACUGUGCUCUGCCUUGCAAACAAGUCUACAGAAACUACUCACCUAUAAUGCUUCCCUCGCUACCCAUUUGCCCCACAAGUGGAAGUUUUAAAAUGUUUUUCCUGCCUCGUCACCUCACGGUGACACUUAUUUUCCCACAAGUGGCUACUGCAGAGACCUGAAUUGGGACAAAGCCACCUUAAGUCUCCAAUGCGCUUGCUGUCCAUCGAAUUCUCCCUUAAUUUAAGGGAACAAUUUUUCAGAGAAGAAAAUAAGACCCUAUGGAAACUCAAAAAUGACUAUAAAGUCCAAGCCACAAUAAGGUAGAAGAGUGUGAGCCAGAACAGGGCUGCUUCUCCCUCAUCAUCAUCAUCAUCCAUCAGCCCCUCUUGCUUCCUCUCUGGAUUGCACACAGAGAGGUUACUACCUUUAGAAAAACCGUUUCCAAGUACUUGGGAACCAUCUGCGGAGCUUUUUGUCCAUACUGAUCUAGUGACAGGACGAGCAACCCACAACUGACUUGGUGUUCUGUUGCAGGUCUGCCCUGGCCGUGUGAUCACCAUCCUGACCUGGAAAGGCACAAACCCGCAUCUCCGCUCCAUACUGCUGAAUUCUCAUACAGACGUCGUGCCAGUGUUUGAGGUUAGAAGGGGAUGCAGGUCUCUGCAUCUUGCAUGUGAUGUUGCUGUUCAGAAAGGGUGUUGGUGGUACAAAUGUGCCCCCUCCUUCAGAACCCAGGGAAGCGUGAUAAUCCUUGCUUGCUUCUUGUUUUGAAUAUACAGAGGACACAGGUUACGGUGCUCAUAUUGGUGCAAUGCGUUUUCAUUCACAUCAACACCUGUGUCAUCCUGGGGGAUUAGUAAUACAUACUGUAGAGUUCACACUUUCUAGGAUUACAACAGUUGAGGGAUGAGAUGCAAGAUACCUUUGAGUAAGCCCUAUAAUUUAAACUCAAGGAAACUCUUCCCUCUUCGUUAUUCUAGUCCCCAGCUUUAUACCAGCAGAGUGCCAACUACAGAGAGAAAUAAAGAGCUGCAGGCAUUUAGAUGGUUUCUUUAAUACAGUGAAAUAUUCCUGUUUGCCUUUGUUAUAUGGAAGUGAUUUGGCCCAAAGAUAGUACUUGAGUGUCUGACAUAAUAUUUGAGAGUCUGUCCAGACAGGAGUUGAGAAAUCAAAGAUCUCAUAUAUUUGCUCCUAAUAUUCAAAAUACAUAGGAUUUCCCCUGUGCUGUAAUAUCCAGGAUGUCACAUUUUCAGUGCCUCAUGUCCUCCCAUCACUCCCAUCUUCCUGAGGUGCUCUGUGCUGUUUUCCUUCCCACAGGAAUAUUGGCGCUAUGAUCCGUUUUCAGCCUUCAAAGAUUCUGAGGGAAACAUCUAUGCACGUGGAGCCCAAGAUAUGAAAUGUGUUUCUAUCCAGUAAGACUAUCCAUGGUGGGGGAGAGGACACAUGACUGAGAUUAUCUCACCCUAUCGUAGUUCACGUAGAGUGAUCAUUUCAGUUAGUGCACUUUAGUGAGUGCAGAAGUCAGUGGAAAACUUAAUCCUGAUUGGCCAGUGUGCCUUGGGUUAAAUGUUAAUGGGUUCAGUGCCCCAAAGGUAAACAGGAAUAGAUAGACUGCUAAUACACACAAAUGCUGCCUGAAUAGUACGUGGGUGGUUAAAUCCUGCAAGUAGCAAAGUUUUGUAUAACUUUUGUAGCCAUUUUGUUUUUAUUUUAUUACAUUAUGUGCUGCUUAAUUACAUCAUAAGCAGUAUACAAGUAACUCAACAUGAUAAAAGUAAAAAUAGUCUAAAACCAUAAAAUCAGAAUUCAGUUAAAAUACCUGCUUGAAUAAAAAAAUCUUCAGUAGUCAUCGGAAGUCCAACAGGGAGGGGAACCUGUCUGAUCUCAACUGGAAGGAAGUUCCAUAAAAUUAAGCUCACAGUACUGACGCAUGGGCAUAGACAGGAUAUUUGCUGCGGGGGGAGGGGGCAGGACUGACGUGAUUGGUCAGUUAGUUAAGUAUUUCUAUUAUUUUACUUGAUUGUGGGAGGGGGGAGCUGCCCCCUCCUUGGCUACGCCCAUGUACUGAAUGCACAGCUUCUGGUAGAGACAAACUGCAUCUGAGCCAUGGGGGAUCCCUGAUGGUGACUCCCUCAAAGACAUCGGUGGUCGGACACGAAUCUGUGGAACCAGGCAGUCCUUGAGGUAUCCUGGAUCCAAGUUGUAAAGGCCUUGUAAAUUAAUGUAAGAACCUUGAACCUCUCCCAGUAGCAUAUAGCCAGUCGGUGCAAGCUUUUGAGCAUUGGAGUUGUGUGCUGGGUGAUAGUCCGUUUGCAUCAACACUCUAGCUGCAGUAUUUUGCACUAGCUGGAACUUCCAGACCAGGCUCAAGAGUAACCCCACGUAGAGCAUAUUACCAAUGCAUGAAUUACCGUGGCCAAACUAUGAGAAUGGCCAUAGUUGGCAGACUAGCUGUAGCUGGUAAAAGGCAUUCAUAGCUACCAAGGCUAUCUGAGCCUCCAGCAAUAAAGGCAGAACCAGGAGCACCCCCAAAUUCUUAUUAAUGUGUGGUUAAUACGAAUUACUUGUCUGCCUCUGCCCUGUAUGGUAUGUCUUAGAAGUCAAUGGACUCUGAUCCAGGCUUCAGCUAGCUUCCAGUCACCACCCCCCAAAAACCCACCCUCCUUUAUCAUUCCUGCACCUGUGCAUGAUCCUGACUGGGUGUAGGCCAAGCAUCUCUUGGUUGUCCCAGGGGUAUCAUCAGCCACUAAAUAAGGCUCCUUUCCUUCCAGGUACAUAGAGGCCAUCCGGAAACUGAAAGCCGAAGGGAGACAGUUCCCACGUACUGUUCAUAUGAGUUUUGUCCCAGGUGAGUUAACCAAGGGCUUAUUCUUUCCCAUUUACUUGUAUUUCUUGCCCCUAAUAGUUUCUCCUCCUUCAAUAUUUCUCUCAACCCCUUUGAAUGAGCUUUAAAAGGGCCAGCCCUCCUCUUUCCUUAGAUCUCCCUCCCAAAAUACAGUUGAAGUAAUAGAAGUUCGUGUCCCUCCCUUCCCCUCUCAGCUUGUAAAUUACACCAGGCAAGUCAACCCAACCUUUUAAUCCCUGCCAUUCAAACCUUCACUGUAUUGACUACCCUCAAUCCCCUCUCAAUAACCAUACUCACCCAAAACAAAAGAAAGUAAGUCACCACCAUCUCCUUUGGUGGUUGUCUGUUUAAGAGAUGCUAUAGGAGGCGGCUGAGGGGAACCAGAAUUUAAUAUCUGGUAGUGGCGGCGUUGCUGGGGAUCACAAGUGGGGAGAGCGCUGUUGCACUCAAGUCUUGCUUGCUGACUUCCCAGAGGCAUCUGGUUGGCCAUUGUGAGAAUAAUGUAAGUGGGCCUGUAGCCUGAUCCAGCUGGGCUUUUCUUUACGUGAUCUUUGUAGCUGUCCCAAACAAGGUUUUUGCUUCUAGAUCCUUUUAAUAGACAGCCAUUCUUGUUCCAUCCUUGGAACACUAGAGGGCACCUGCAGAGGAUGCAUGUACCGCAACCAAGGAUUUUGGGCUUGACUGGAUGUAAAUGGAAAAUCUGUGUUCUCUCCUUAUGCCCAUUUUGUGGUUAAAACCAAUCAUGGUGCCUCCCAAUUUGGGUUGAGACCAUGCCACUGGAGGGGUGGGUGUUUAACCCUUUCCCUUCACACUACUUCCAUGACUUAAUCAUUCCCCCCAUCCCCACAAACUGCUGCUGUUAACUGCAGUAUAGGUUCAUGUCCCCCUCCCUUCUCUGUAACAUAUAACCACAUAGGUUUAAUUCAAUAAAAAUACAUCAGAGGCGAUCCAAGCACCGUUCUCCCAUGGCAUGUUUCUUCUGGCCCUCUGUUGCAGCCCAGGUAACCAGAUACUGAUAACUGCUAUUUCUGCAGCCUUUUCAGUAUUAGUACAGUCUGCAGUUUCCUGGCUCUCCUGAGCAGACUGACUGGCUCCUGCUACACAGCAGGAAACAAUUUGAACAUCACAAAUCUCUGUGUCAUUGCUAAGGUGGAUCAUCACUGUGAGCUGAAUCACCACAAGUGAAAUCUCUCCAGGUUCCCAUAGGGAACUGUGAGUUGCCAUAAGCUCUUGGGCCUGUUUUGACUCUCAAGAGCAGAGAGAGAUGUGGUUGGUCUCUGGAGAAUGAAAGCAAAGGUGUUUAUGUGGCGAUUGGUGAUUCACUUACCUAGUCUCUUUUCCCUCCCCUGCAGAUGAAGAGAUCGGGGGCCACAAGGGGAUGGAAAUGUUUGUGAAGCGUCCUGAGUUUGCAACGCUUAAUGUUGGCUUUGCCUUGGAUGAAGGUGAGGCUCCCACUAGGGAAGCUAUUUUGGACUUGAGUGUAUGAGGGAAGCAGCCCGUACAUUUUGCUUUACCCUUGCUUCAGUUUAUCCUUGGUGAUUACCUGGGCACACUUCCUCUCUCAUUGCCAGAGAGAGAGAGAGAGAAUGAGAUUCUGUUAGGUCACAGGCUUGCUGUCAAAAAGGGGCAUACAGUGGUGAAGAUUCUUUGUUUUACUGGUGCAAGGCUAAUGAUGAACUCACUUGCAUGAGAUUAAUGAAUUCUCAGCCACUUUGCUGACGGUCUGUUUCCUGGUCAAAAGGCGCUUCAGAAAGCCUACUGUGUCUUCUAGCUAAAUGUGUUGUUUCCUAAUUCCAUUCUCUCUCUUCCCCCAGGCCUGGCAAACCCGACAGACACUUUCACUGUAUUCUAUGGCGAAAAAUGUCCGUGGUGUGAGUACAAUCCGGGAUUCCUUCUAUGUUUGUGUGUUUGGAUUUUUGUCUCUGUUUGUGGUUCCCUCAUGGCUACUUCUGGUCUUACAUGAUGUUUGCUUGCAUUUUCAAUACAGAUCUUGGGAGAGAUAAUGUCUUUUGAAAGAAAGAAUUUUUGAGCCUCUUUCACAGGGAAGUCACGAAUUCUUCUGAGUAGUUUCUGGAGUUUUGCCAUACCCAUGUCUUCACUGUAAAAUAGUCACACAUGUAACCCUUCCUAGAGCUUUUGGGGCUUUAUGGAGGAGCCAGAGCAGAUAAUGAGACCAGCAUCCUGUUGAAAUUGGUUUGGGACUUCAUAAUUCUUAGCCACAGCUGUUUUUCACUUUCACGGUAGAUUCGAAUCUGUGGAUUUUUAGUCACAGUUAACAUCACUGGAAUCAACUUGGAAUUUUAAGCCUCCUUCCUUGAGUGGUUUUUUAAACCUUGGGAUUUUCAGUAACUUGUGAAUUCGGAUAAUUUUGCAGUGAAUGUCUGAAAGUCGGCAUUCACAUGUGAGUGUUAACAGAUCGUAUAAGUGUGAUUGCCAGCAUUCCCUGCCUUAUAUCUGUAAAAGGGAGUGGGGAUUCAUAGCAAGGUAACAGUAUAUCCGCCAUUUGUUGGAUAUACGAAUGGUAACAUUGCCAUAAAGCUGAUUUACUAUAGUUUGCUGCUUUUAUUCCCCUUCCUAGAUGGCUUUGCCUCACAUUUUCUCCCCGUCACCCAUGCUUGCUUUCGGGCUCCCUCUCUUUGGGAUACUGCCACAGUCCAAUGUCUCAUCUGCUGUCUUACUGCCAUCUCCUUUGCUCUUCCUCAAUUUAUUCCUAUGGUGCUCCAGCCCAUCCCUGUUGCCCUCAUAGUAUGAUGCCCACAAAUGGAAAGAGUUUUAUUGUUCAUCCAUUGAUGCGGACAACUGCUAGAGAGAUAAUGGAAGAAAAUCUUAUAGGGUCUACUCCACGAUAGUAAAAAAAAUCCUACUUUCCCACCACCAAGCAUAUCCACUCAGUAUUACGCAACAGAGCAUUUCUGAAUAGUGAGGGGCUUUUUACAACUUGGAAACAAUUUUUUUCUUGUACCUACUUUUGACAUGGAUUCAGGUUAUAUGGAAACUAGGACAGAGGUAUGCAUCCCACCCUUCCUACUCCAUUUGUAGGAAUACCAGGGGUCAGCAAACUUUUUCAGCAGGGGGCCGGUCCACUGUCCCUCAGACAUUGUGGGGGGCCGGACUAUAUUUUGGAAAAAAAAUAAUGAAUGAAUUCCCAUGCCCCACAAAUAACCCAGAGAUGCAUUUUAAAUAAAAGCACACAUUCUACUCAUGUAAAAACAUGCUGAUUCCCGGACCAUCCGCGGGCAGGAUUGAGAAGGUGAUUGGGCCGGAUCCGGCCCCCGGGCCUUAGUUUGCCUAUCCGUGGAAUAACCUUUCUGUUUGUUCUUUCAAAAUUCACUGUAACGCAAAACGUUGCACUACAGUUUGCACGCAGUUUUGUUUUCGUUUGUUUGGGCGCACUACGUUUUAAAAAUGGGGCUCUUAAAGUAUAGACUAUGCCUAAACUAAAUAUGACAUAAUAGGCAUCACUGAAACCUGGUGGGAUAAGUCCCAUGAUUGGAAUGUAAUAAUGGAGGGAUACAAUCUAUUUCAGAGAAACAGACCAGACAAGAAAGGAAGAGGAGUGGCGUUAUAUGUCAGGGAUGUGUAUACCUUUGAAGAGAUCCAAGAUUUAGAACCUCAAAGCCAAAGUGAGAGCAUUUGGGUCAAAAUUAAGGGAGAGAAGAAUAACAGUGACCUCAUUGUGGGGGUUUACUAUAGAUCCCCAAGCCAAACGGAGGACAUAGAUGAUGCCUUCCUGGAAUAGAUGGCCAAGCAUGCAAAAGGAAGGGAGAUAGUAGUAAUGGGGGACUUCAAUUACCCGGAUAUUUGUUGGAUGUCAAACUCAGCCAAGAGCAUAAGGUCAAACAGAUUCCUCACUGGCCUUGCAGACAACUUCAUUGUCCAGAAAGUGGGAGAAGCAACAAGAGGAACAGCCAUUUUAGAUCUGGUCCUAACCAAUGUUGAUGACCUGGUUAGUGGGGUAGAAGUGGAAGGAUCAUUAGGCGCAAGUGAUCACGCUCUUCUGAAGUUUACUAUACAGCGGAAAGGAGCAGCCAAGCAUACUAGGACUCAAUUUCUUGACUUUAAGAAAGCCGACUUCAUAAAACUUAGGGAAGUGCUGGGUGAGAUCCCAUGGACAGUAAUACUAAAAGGAAAGGGAGUUCAUGAUGGCUGGGAGUUUGUUAAGAGGAGAUAGUAAAAGCACAACGUCAGGCAAUACCAAUGAGACGGAAACAUGGAAGGUGCCUAAAGAAGCCAGGGUGGCUAUCUAAAGAACUUUUAACUGAGUUAAGAUUAAAAAGGAUGUGUACAAAAAUGGAAAAGGGGAAACCACCAAAGAGGAAUUCAAACAUAUAGCCAGCACGUGUAGACUCAAAGUCAGAAAAGCUAAAGCACAGAAUUUACUCAGGCGUGCUAGUGAUGUUAAAAUCAACAAAAAGGCUUUUAUGGGUAUGUUCGUAGCAAAAGGAAGAACAAAGAAACAGUGGGGUCACUCAGAGGAGAAGAUGGUGAAAUGCAAACAGGGGACACAGAAAGGGCUGAACUCCUCAAUGCCUUCUUUGCCUCAGUCUUCUCCGAUAAAGAAAACAAUGCCCGACCUGAAGAAUUUGGAGCAAAUGAUUCAGCAAAGGAAACACAGCCCAGAAUAACUAAGGAGAUAGUACAAGAAUACUUGGCUAGUUUAGAUGUAUUCAAGUCUCCAGGGCCAGAUGAACUGCAUCCAAGAGUAUUAAAAGAACUGGCAGAUGUGAUCUCAGAACCACUGGCAGUCAUCUUUGAGAAUUCCUGGAGAACAGGCGAAGUCCCGGCAGACUGGAGGAGGGCAAAUGUUGUCCCUAUUUUCAAAAAGGGGAAAAGAGAGGACCCAAAUAAUUACCGCCCAGUCAGUCUGACAUCAAUACCAGGGAAGAUUCUGGAGCAGAUCAUUAAGCAAACAGUCUGUGAGCACCUAGAAAGGAAUGCUGUGAUCACCAAUAGUCAGAAUGGAUUUCUGAAAAAUAAGUCAUGUCAGACUAACCUGAUCUCGUUUUAUGACAGAAUUACAAGCCUGGUAGAUGAAGGGAACGCAGUGGAUGUAGCCUACCUUGAUUUCAGCAAGGCAUUUGACAAGGUGCCCCAUGAUAUUCUUGUAAAGAAGCUGGUAAAAUGCGGUCUUGACUAUGCUACCACUCAGUGGAUUUGUAACUGGCUGACUGACCGAACCCAAAGGGUGCUCAUCAAUGGUUCCUCUUCAUCCUGGAGAAGAGUGACUAGUGGGGUGCCACAGGGUUCUGUCUUGGGCCCGGUCUUAUUCAACAUCUUUAUCAACGACUUGGAUGAUGGACUCAAGGGCAUCCUGAUCAAAUUUGCAGAUGACACCAAACUGGGAGGAGUGGCUAACACCCCAGAGGACAGGAUCACACUUCAAAACGACCUUGACAGAUUAGAGAACUGGGCCAAAACAAACAAGAUGAAUUUUAACAGGGAGUAAUGUAAAGUAUUGCACUUGGGCAAAAAAAAAUGAGAGGCACAAAUACAAGAUGGGUGACACCUGGCUUGAGAGCAGUACAUGUGAAAAGGAUCUAGGAGUCUUGGUUGACCACAAACUUGACAUGAGCCAACAGUGUGACGCGGCAGCUAAAAAAGUCAAUGCAAUUCUGGGCUGCAUCAAUAGGAGUAUAGCAUCUAGAUCAAGGGAAGUAAUAGUGCCACUGUAUUCUGCUCUGGUCAGACCUCACCUGGAGUACUGUGUCCAGUUCUGGGCACCACAGUUCAAGAAGGACACUGACAAACUGGAACGUGUCCAGAGGAGGGCAACCAAAAUGGUCAAAGGCCUGGAAACAAUGCCUUAUGAGGAACGGCUAAGGGAGCUGGGCAUGUUUAGCCUGGAGAAGAGGAGGUUAAGGGGUGAUAUGAUAGCCAUGUUCAAAUAUAUAAAAGGAUGUCACAUAGAGGAGGGAGAAAGGUUGUUUUCUGCUGCUCCAGAGAAGCGGACACGGAGCAAUGGAUCCAAACUACAAGAAAGAAGAUUCCACCUCAACAUUAGGAAGAACUUCCUGACAGUAAGAGCUGUUCGACAGUGGAAUUUGCUGCCAAGGAGUGUGGUAGAGUCUCCUUCUUUGGAGGUCUUUAAGCAGAGGCUUGACAACCAUAUGUCAGGAGUGCUCUGAUGGUGUUUCCUGCUUGGCAGGGGGUUGGACUCGAUGGCCCUUGUGGUCUCUUCCAACUCUAUGAUUCUAUGCCAUUUCCCCAUAUAAGUUGAGAAAACAGUGUAUUCAGUAUGGAUGCAAAUGAUGUGUGCAGCUAGGUUGCUGGGGCUUUUGCAGCAACAAUUCCUCCUGCUGAAGAAACAAGCCCACUAUUCAACUGCAGAAGCCAUUUGGCUCUUCAGCCGUGGGGGUCUGUACAACACUCCAAUACUAUUCUCUCUUCUUUGUGCAUGUUGCUCCUUUGGAUCAUGGCACGCUUCCUCUAAAAGAUUUGUUGAAUGUGGUUCUCACUGACUGUAGGAGUUGGGCAUCAAGGAGUUGCUUUUACUACCUUGCUUACCAUUCAUGUUUUGUGCUUCCUCUGAAUACUUUGCAGGGAUUAAAGUGAAGGUAGAAGGGAACCCAGGACAUGGAUCCAGAUUCAUUGAGAACACAGCUGCUGAAAAGAUGGUAAGAGAUUAGGAACAGGGGCGAAGUGGCGUGGGAGGCGAGGCUGCUUUUGUUUGGCAGGGGACAGAAUUGUUUGCUUAGCUCUAAAAGCAAUGCCUUCAGCCAUCCAAGCUGAGGUCUGUUUUCAUAGACCUUUCUUUACACAAGCCUUUGAGCCUGCUGCCAUCCAGCUGCUGGGCCACCUUGAAAAACAUUUGCUCGUUAGAAUAUGUAUCUAUGUUUCCAUACUGUUGCAUUGACUUUUCUGCUUUCUUGCCCAUAGCACAGAGUGAUUACUUCCUUCCUGGAGUUUAGAGAGCGUGAGAAACAAAGGUGAGGAAGAAAGGAGCCCCUAUGGGAAGCUUGACUGCGUUGGGAAGGGGUGCUUCUUCUGACCUUCUCUAUGGCUCACUUUUGUUUGCUAUUUAUUUGGCGACCAUUUCUAAUGUGCAAAGGCCUUUCAGUCCUUAAGUUUGUCCUCGUAACUGAGAUAGAGCCCUCCCUUAGGACUGAUGCUAGCAUUAUUCAUUGGGCCACACUGAUGCAUGACUCGUUGCCAUCUGCGUGGGUUGAGCAGCACAUUCAGGUUGUCGUAGAGCCCAUGAGCAGCAGCCCUGCUGGGAAAAGGCAGAGAAGCUUUAUUGCAGGGAGGGGACUGACCCAUGGCCCUCCAGAUGUUGUUGCACUACAACUUCCACCAGCUCCAACCAGUGUAGCCUGUGGUGAGGGAUGAUGGGAGUUUUAGGCCAACUACAUCUGGAAGAACUCUGGUCCCCUAUCCCAGCAUUAGUGGCACUCGUUCCUGAGACAAGAGGCUUGCAGUGGAACAUGUCUGUGUUUCCAAGACCACUUGUAAGCUGCUUUAUGAGUCACCUGUCAUUUGAACUCCGCUUCUUAUGGGCAGGAAUGUUAGCUGCUCUGAUGACUGAAAAUACUCACUGUUCCUGCCAAUACUUGGAACAGUGAUUUUAGCCUCCUGUUUCUUCACCCUUGGGACUUAGGGAGCAAUUAAGUGCAGAGUUUCAAAGAUGUGGGGUGAAAGUCUUUCUCCCUUGUUUCUUGCAGGUUGAAAUCAGAGAAGCACCUUACCUUGGGUGACGUCACUUCCCUCAACCUGACCAUGCUCAAUGGGGGCAUCUCCUUCAAUGUGGUCCCUUCUGAGAUGUCUGCUGCCUUUGAUAUCCGCAUCCCUCCCACAGUAGAUUUAAAGGUACAGUAUCUGGCUACUGACAGAAAGGAAGGAGGUAGGGAAUGGCGACUAAUCUUCAGGCUGUGGGGUAUUGCCUGGAAUAUGCUUACUGGGAAAUGGCUGGGGAGUGUAUGUUUAUUCUUCCUGCAUUGGACUGUGUCACCUAGAGCUCUCGUUCCUAGGCUUCUUACAUUAAAAUUGUUUGAGACAUCCUAUAAAAUAUUAUGAAAUCUUAUAAAUUUUGUUGUCUAGCAUUGGUUAUCACUGAUCACAUGAAAGCACCUUGCAACCCUUCCUGGUUAUGAUUAGGAGAAUUGAAGGGGCUGAUUUCUUUGUCUGUAAGGUACCUCCAAGAGCCCUGCUGACUCUCCCAUUCCACUUUCCCUCCUUGCCCCGAAGGAUCGUCUCCAGUUGCAGGACCCGCCUUCAGAGGCUGCAAGAGAGGAGGGAGCCAGCUGGGGAAGCAGUUGAGGGAAGCCUCUGAGGUUUGGCAUGGUUCUAAGCCAGCAGGGAUCCUUGGAUCAGUGGUUAAGCUUAAGGAGCAUUUGAUUUUUAUAUUUGUGGGGGUAAGAAUGGCAGGAAGGAGUGCAGAGGAUUCUGGGAUGAGUUAGAAGGACUGUGGGAUAAAUUGAAAUCAGAAUCAUUCUGACAUCAACUAACCCCUUUUACACCCAGCUGAGAACUCUGCAGGAGAGAACCCUCUCCAGAUACCGUUUCAUCAGGAGGUCCUUUCUGUACAAUGUACAUUGCCUUUAGUGUGGCAGUACUUACCCUUUGGACCUCCUUCCUGCUACGUACAGAUCAGAGAGAUUCUAUUUUUCCAGCACCUAUUGAAGACUGUGCUUUCUUAAACAAGCCUUAUAAGUUGGGUUUUUUUAAAAAAAACAACAACAACCUGGUCUGUUAUCUGUUAUUAUAUCUGAAAUGACUUUUAUAUGUUUUUACUGUUGAUGUUUUUAUUGUUAAACAGAUUCAAGAUGUUUCACAGGAAGCAAUUCCUGGAUGAAAUAAAUAACACUCCAUGUUGCUUUGUUUCUGCUCCGCAGGCAUUUGAGGAGCAGCUCACAGCCUGGUGCCGGGCGGCUGGGGAAGGUGUUAGCUAUGAGUUCCACCAGGUAACUGUGGAGACGAGGGAAUAUUCCAGCAGCCUGUUGCCACCCCCUUAGAUCUAGACGCAUAGCUCUGUUCCUGGCUUAUGGCUACAUGGCCGCCUGUGCUGCUGCGGCUGCUGCUGCCACCUCUCUCUCUCCCUCUCUCCUCCAUCUCCCUCUUGGGCCUCUCCUCUCUCAAUAUGGCUGCCCUUCUGUUCUGCCUUGUCUCCCUCAACCUCUCGCACUCCUGCUGCCGCUUCUGCCGAGCCCUUGCCACAAGUCUCCUGCACUGUAGGUGCCCUGUUGCCUCCUCCAAGCUUCACCCUCUACCCUUUUCUUUGGGCUAGAAAUACACGGAUCAGUCGGUGACCUCCACAGAGGAAUCUGACCCCUGGUGGAAGGCGUUCAGUGGCACCUGCAGGGACAUGUGAGUAAGACGCCUCAUUCCCCCCAUUCUCACACUCACUCUUCUGAAGACACCUGUGGAGGCUGGUGGCUGUUUUCACCUGCCAGAUGCAGAAGGAACUGUAAACACGACAUCAUUUUGGAGGGAGGGAUGUGUGAGGGGAGGAACCUAACAUUCAAGGCAUUCAGAAAAAGACUCCCCUAAGGAUCAGUAUGGAGAACAGGAGAGUGGCCCAGUUAUCCUCACCCUUCCCAACGUCUCCCAUUCUGUUCAUCCGAGGUCCCCUGUGCUCCAUUUUUAAAAAUUCUCACCAUCUGAAUCCCGCCUUCAGAUAGCUUGGAGCCUCCUUGGCAGGAGAAAGAAAAGCCUAGCUUAGCAAUGGGAGCUCCCCGUCAUAGUAUCUCUGUCUUUGUCAGGAACAUGAAGCUGCAAUGCGAGAUCUUCCCUGCUGCCACAGACAGCCGCUAUAUCAGAGCGGUGAGUGCAAGUGCAUAUUUAUGUGUGCAUUUUUAUGUGUGCAUUUAUCUUGUCAGUUGAUUUCUUCCAAUACUUUGGUUGAGCUUCUCCUGUCUCCUCUUCUCCCUCCUCUUCCCACUGUGUUGCAGGCAGGACACCCGGCUAUCGGCUUCUCCCCAAUGAACCGCACCCCUGUGCUGUUGCAUGAUCACAACGAGUUCCUAAAUGAGCAGGUCUUCCUUCGCGGGAUUGAGAUCUACGCCCAUCUCAUCUCUGCACUGGCCAGUGUCCUUCCCCUGCAAGCAGAGGCCUGAAUAGGGGCAGGCAGAGCAGAAGGCAGCAGUCCGAGGGAGAGAGAAACCAAAGAAAGAGAGAAAGAGAAGCUGAAAACCUGCACUGCUUCCUAUUUUGAGACGGGACCCUGCUAGAGGGGACGUAGGCCUUAGAUGUUUUGAUUGAGGGCUAGGGCUUGCUGAGAUCACAACCAAAGCAGACUGUUGCAUUCCAGCAUCCCUGAGUGGUACACAAGGGGGGCAAAGCAUGUUGGAAGCAGAAAUGUACACUUGCACCAGUACAUAUAAAGUGGGGCUCUGUAGGCAUUGGCAGCUGUUUCUCUGCUCCUUACCAAAGCACUUACAGUCAAGACCCUUGUUUGCACAGUUCCUGCAUCAGGUCCCAGAGCUCCAGCUCUUUAUCAUCACCAGCUACCCAUGCUGCGUUUUAAAGGAUAAUCCUCAAGCACCAGGUUUGUAGGACUGAGGUUCUCACCACUGAGGUUUCUUGGGUUUUGUGGCAGAUGUUAUUGCCUUGUCACUGGCUCCUUUCACCGCCUUCUUCCCUUAACACCAAUGCUGCACCCUUCUGCCGUGUGAUUCCCUUCUCCACAUACCAAACCCAAGGCCAAAGCAACCGGAAAAGCAGGGUAAGUCCUAAGCUGCAGGAUUAAUCAAGCUCCCCCCUGGUUCCUUCUUCCCUUUUGUAGGUUGAUGCUCUUGACACCUAGCUGGUUUUUCUCUGCUAGAAGGCAUGCCUAGUUUUCAAAGAUCCAGCAAUCUCAAAUUUUCAGUGGGAGUCCAGGCACCAUGGAAAAGCCUCGGUUUUACCUCCAUUGUAUGCUGUAUGGUGUUGGGCAAAUCUACACACUCUGUGCCCCUCACUUGUAGAGGGGCAUGAAAUGUUGCCACGGGCACUUUGCCACAUGAGAUCUUCCUACAGAACUUGGUGAAGAUGAAGGAAAAGGCAGGUUUGCUGAGGGAGAUAGUAAUUAAUAUUGCCUUACUUGGAACCUGCCUUCCCCACACACCAAAGUAGGAUUGGCGUGGGGAUGGGUGUCUCUCUGGAUAUUCACUCUUUGGGACUUAACAGCAGAGGGGCUGGCUGCAGCAUGGUGCCUUAAUUUUCUGUUGAACUGUAACGAGUUACUGCUGACACUUGCCAUUCCCAUGCAGGUAAGAGUUGGGUGAACAAGAUUCAGCCAUAAAGGACAGCCAUCUCCUCCCCGCCCCAGAACGCUCCAAGGGAACAACACUACUUUAUGAUGCUUUUAGCAAAACUUGCCCUUGCUUGGAAAGAUCGUUUUUCACAUUAUGCUACAAUAUAAUUCCUCAUCCUCAGGUUUACAUGAUAUUUGAUAACAUCAUCUGGAAUUGCCAGCAAAUUCCCUAGAAACUAUUCUCACAGUCGCUGACAUUGUAGAUAAACAUGUACUUAAGUAAUGAGGAAUACCUGCCCCUUCAUCUCCCUGUUACCAGCAUGCGGCUUGAGCAAUAGAUUGGAUAACGGCAUGUUGCUUUAAUUUGACAUAUGUCCUUGCUAGUAUCAGUAUAAUAUCACCCACUGAAGUAUAAUGAGGAAGAAAAUCGGCUUCACUUUAAGUUUCGUAUCCCAAAAUUCCCCGAUGCCAGAGUAGGCCUAUAAACCAGGAUACUUUUAAAAAGCCUAAAGCAAAACAAAAAACCCGCAAGAUGCUUGUUUUACAACUCAAUCCUAAGCAUGUUUGGCAAUAACUCCCACUGUUUUCAGUGAGGCUUACUCUUUGGUAAGUGUUCACAAGAUUGCUGCCUUGGACUAAGAGUUGAAUGGCUACCUUUAUGAAUGGCAAUAUGAGAAGUUAAUGAAUGACUACAAGGGAGAGGGAUACAUAAUGUAAAUAUUGUGAUACGACCCUCCUCUUGGCAACUGGAAACUAUACAUCUGCAUUGGUAAACCUAUGUUUCUAGAGCUGCCUUGAUGUUCAUCCCCAUAACAUCACAUCUUUAUGGAGGUAUAUUGUCCCUCCUCUCAAAUAAGUUUAGUGAAGAAGAAGAAAAAAACAGCAAGUGGUAGUUUGAAUCCCAAAGGGGUGUUGCCUCUGGGAUUCAAGGUGCCACAUCCCCUCCCAAGUAAAUGUAUUUGACAAUUUUAAGCACUGCUUCUUUGUGGAGCGAAAAGCCUUAAUAGUGGCACAGACUGCAUAGUCAGCAAUGCCUGCAUUGCACAGGAGGAGGAGCCUUCCACACCUGCAAUGUUUUUGCUCUCAUUUGAGAAAGAGGUACACCCCCCUCAGUCAUCCUGGGAAAAGUGCAGGGAGCAUGGAGCUCCCUGCAUUGCACAAGCUGCUUCCUCUGAUGGGGAAAGGGAGGCGCUGCUUGCAAGAUGGAGCAUCCCUGCACUCCUCCCUCUCUUAGGUUAGCAAGUAAGGUAUAUGGAACCUGGCAGUACAGCAUAUAUAGUAUGUCACAUUGAAUAAUGCUUAACUUGAAAGUGCGCAAUCAACCAGUAAGUUCUCCUCUGCAAGUGCCAUUAAACUUCUUGGUGGUUUGUGCUGAUUGUGUCUACAUCUCCCUAUCACCUCGUAAGCACACCUUUUCACAGGUAGAAACCCUAAAUGUGCAUAGCUUCCACCAUAAGAUGCAUAUUGCAGCAUAUAUAUUUUUAUUCACAUUGAGAAGAUUAAGUACUGCAGGCCAACAAAAAAGUGUAAAGGUGUGUAAGGCAUGAAUAUGGAGAUAAUUAACAUGAUCAUUGAAUGCUGAGAGUUGUUCUAUAUUCCCCUGCGGAUUAUGUCUGAGGGCUUAUUUGCGGUUUUGAGGAUUUGACACCUGGCCCUCUGUAGUCUUAAAUUAUCUAAUCUGCUUGCUGGCGAAAUGAAAAUAAUAACAAGCUUGUUCCGAUUUAGAAACGUUAGAAAACUUCAAAUUUGCUUACAAUAUUCCAUGUCAAAAGGACAGAAAUAUACAAACAUGAUUUUAAAACAAAAAUAGGAUGAAGGUAUUAAAAUAUAUUCAGAUUUCAAAAACUCAAAA